AUGGCGGACAAAUCGGGCUCUCGGAAAGGUCCAGGUGUGGCCAACGUGACACGUCAGACAUGGGACCGCGCACACUACGAGAAGCUCGCCCAGCUCCGUGCUGAGGGGAAACUAGAGAAGGAAGAGACGAAGAAGGUGAUCAAGUCGACUAAGGAGGAGUUCCAGGCUGCCAAUGAGGGUGCAGCGGGUCCUGCUGGCUCGGCACGCGCAUUUCUGAAGGCUCGAACCAACAAGAUGUCAUUGGAGAGCAGCGUGGGUACUGUGAAGGUGGUCAAGUCCGAUGAUGUGAGCAAGAAUGGCGGCUACUAUUGCGAGGUUUGCGAGUGCGGCCUCAAGGACUCGGUGGCGUAUCUGGAUCACAUCAAUGGCAAAAAACACUUGCGCAAGCUCGGCUACAGCAUGCGAGUGGAGCGAUCGACGGUGGAUCAGGUGAAGAAUCGACUGCAGAGUGCGUCCAAGCGCAAGUGGGACCCUUUGAUGGCCAAGAAGCUGGACGCUAUGGAAGAUUACGAGAAGAAACUAAAGGCAGCGGAGGAAGAGGAAGCUCGUGCCAAGCGACAGAAGAAGGAGCAGAAGAAAGCCAAAAAGCUCGGAAAGGAGGCACUGGAGCAGGACAAAUCUGACGACGCUGACAAAAAGCCUGAGGCUGCCGAUGAAGCUCUCGAUGCUGAUGCCGAAAUGAUGGCCAUGAUGGGCUUCGGCGGCUUUGGCGGCUCCAAGAAGUCAUAA